GUUUUUUUUUAAAGUAUUUAAAUCUCAUGUCAUAUUUCAGGUAAACUAUCUGUUAUUUUAUAAAAAUGAGAAAAUAAAAAUAAUAUUUCUUUAAGUUCUUCACUGGAUUCAGAGUAAAAAUAAGAAACAUACAAAAUGAUAGGGAAAUUUAUGAGGUGUAGUGGGGCAACACUGGUGACGCACAAAGGAGUGGGGGAGCUGACGGCUUUGCAGCUUGGCUCAUUGAUCGUGAAGAAGCUAAACGUUGUGCGUGUAGAUCUGUUGAAGAAAGCUCUAACAAGAACUGCUUCUGCCCAGACUGUAUGCAACCGUGAAUGGUUUUAAGUGAUAGUGAGGUGUACGCUGCCAAACUGUGGGGUUCAAGUUUCUUUUUGCCCCCUCAGGGGGUCUACUACCCGGUAUGUACCUCUGAGGGACAACUUUACCUCCCCAAUCAGGUUCAACUCGGCGUCGGUCUUGUAGACAAAGGCAUGGGCGGGGUGAGUAAUAAUUCCGCCCUUGCCAGUUAUGGCGACUUGCACAUGGUGCAGGCGGGAAUGACGGCGUCGCCGUACCAGCAGGCGGCGGCAGCGGCUGCGGCACAGUUCCAGCCGCAGAACGGAGAGGCGGCAGCGGCGGCGGCUGGAGUUGCUGUUGUGGCGAGCCCCCCCGCGGCCCUCAAGGACCCCCCUGCCCCUCAGGCCAAGGAGGCGGGACCUCAGGCCCCGGCCCCCUUCUCCCCCUCCCAGGGCCCUCCGCAAAUCAACGGGCUCGAACAGCAGAGUGUCAACAUUCAGACGGAAGGUGAAGGAGAUGGAACUCAAGCAGCAAACGGUGCUGCCAAAGUCGGUACAAGCGGAGCACCGACAUCCUCAACCAACUCCCUCGUCCCUAUGGAACAGAAACCUCCAGGCCAAACACCCCAGUCGAAGAGGCUACACGUUUCAAAUAUACCUUUCAGGUUUAGGGAACCUGACCUGAGAGCCAUGUUUGGACAAUUUGGAGUGAUAUUGGAUGUAGAAAUAAUCUUCAAUGAGCGAGGAUCAAAGGGGUUCGGUUUUGUAACUUUCGCAAAUAGCAACGACGCGGACACAGCACGCGAGCGGCUCCACGGCACAGUGGUUGAGGGAAGAAAGAUUGAGGUUAAUAUGGCGACUGCACGAGUUCAAACAAAGAAACCCCCUACUAUUCCAAAUGGAGUUUGCCUCCAGUGGCCCGAAGCUGCCGCACUGAGAGGGGCUGCAAUACAAAGGCGGGCACGAGCAGCGUUCCCUGCAGCGGCGGCCUUCGCUCGCCACCCCUCCCCCCUAGCCACUGCGACCGCGCUUGGAUACACUCCUGGUGUAUACUAUGAUCCUAUUCUGGCGGCUCAUGCAGCUACUGACAGUAAUUACAGACUUCAGGGUUUGCUGGCGGCUGGAAACAUUCCCGGGAUCUCUCUUGGACUGAAAGAAGACCCUGGUACUGGGGGGACCAGCACUGAGGUCGCCGCAGCAGCAGCAGCGUCUCCACUGCUAAAGGCACCAGGAGCCCUUUCAACAGCAGCUCAGCAGGCUGGUUACGCAGCAGCAGCGAGUUACACAGCAGUUGCAGCUAGGGCAUAUGGCGCAGCGGCAGCAGCAGCUCAACCAGUUGCUGGUUAUGCGACUGUCGCGGGCUAUGGCCGUGAAUAUGCUGACCCUUACUUAGGUCAUGGAAUAGGACCUGUGGCAGGAUAUGGGGCUGCGGUAUAUAGAAGUGGUUACAACAGGUUUACCCCAUACUGAGUGCAACAAAUCAGCCGUCUACUACUUGUUUCUACAAAUGUUUGUAAAUAUAAAAGUCAAUUUACAAUUAAUUACAUUAACCCAAAAGCUAUGUAAGUAUUACAUCAUUAGGAACUCUUAUCACACAUUUUUUUGUCUUUUCUUAUGCUGGUUUAUACAUAAUGAUUAUUGUGUAAUAAGUUAAAAAGAAAAAAAAAAUUGAAAAAAAAAAUUAUUCUAUAUUACUUACUUUCUUUUCUCAGUUUCAAGCUAUUUAGGCAUUCAUAUCUGUGAACCCCAAAAUGAAUUUUCAUCCAUAUAUAUAUAUUUCAAGUAUAUAUUUAUACCUAUUGAUAUUUCAGAAUAUAAUAGAUGUAAAAAUACAGAUUAGAGAAAAGACCUAACGGUCGAAUGAUAACACCAAAAUCAUAUUCCUUCACUUAACUCAUACCCAUCAACAAAUUAUUUUAAUUAUAUUUGUUAUUAUUGCUAUUAAGGUUUUUUUUUCUUUCUGAUUACGUAUGUUUUUGUGUGUAAAUAUAUAAAUAUAUAUAUUAUUUUUUUAAGUACAUACUCUGCAGAAUCUCAAAUUGAGCUUGCGGAACCCUGUUCUUCUUAAAUAUACAUUAAAAAAAAACAAAAAAAAAACUGAAGAAUAAGAAUUAAUAGAAAACUUAUCUUUUUGUUCUGUCUUGUCUGUACAAUAAUGGAGCUCGACAUGACAUUAACUAGAGCCUGUCUUGUAAAUAUGCAGAGCCCUUAGUUUUGUACAAAAAAGACAAAAGCCUCUUCAUUUGAGUACUUCAAAUUAUUUAAAAGACAUUAAAAAUAUUUGUAUGUAUCUAAAAUAUAACUGGUAUUAUCCUACAAUUCCUGUUAACAUUUUUAUACAAUUUUUUAAUAGAAACUGAAGUUAAUUAUAUAGUUAUUGUAUUAAUAAUUAAUUCUUAGCAUUAUUACUAUAUCUCUCCUUUGGAGUCACACAUAUCUCCUCAGCUCUCUUUAGUGUUAUUUAGAUGACUGGAUUUAGAAAAAAAAACUUUUGAGUUCUUUCAAAGAGGCAUAGAUUAGGAGAUGAUAAGCAGCUGUUUAUUAUUUUGCAUUAUCUUUAUUAUUAUUUUUUUUUUUAGUUUUAUGACAUUGUAAGAGAAUGCAGGAGUCGUUUAGUUAUUAUAUUCCUUCACCAUCUAUUCACAACUUUGUAUAGGCGUAAUGUAUUUAAAUUAAAUAUAGAUAUACAUAUAUAAAUAUUUGUACAAAAAUAUGUAAGUUUAAAGCGUGUGAAAGGAUUACUCCUGCAUUUUCCAAUUAUUUGACACUCAUCGCUCAAGUUUUGUGAUUUAAUAAUAUUGAAUUUGAGCGGUGAGGUCUAAAAUGAGUGCUUGUUGUUCAUGAAUCUAGUUUAUAGCUUAGCAGUUAAAGAUAAGUACGUACAUAUUAAUUAUCGAUAUAUGUAUAUAUACAUAAUCAGUCUUAUCAUAUAUGUUUAGUCUUAAGAAAGGCUACAUAACACUUUGUGUAUUGUAAUAGUAUUUAUAAAGUAAAGGUGAUUUGAUAUGGAUCCCUUGUUUCUAUUUAUACUUGACUUCUUCUUUAUAUUGUUUAUAUUUAUUAAAUUAUUUAGAUUUGUACUGAUGAAAUCUUUUUGACCAAUAUCUCGAGAACUAUCUAAGAAUAUUAUUAGUCGUAACUGAUCACCUUUACUUAUAUCCAUGUUGUGAACGGUUUGCAUAUACUAGCUGAUGUGAAUCGCUUAUAAGAUCCGACAGCAUACCUGUCUACAUAAUUCUUCACAAGUUUAGAAUCUCAUUUAUUAAGUGACACACCAGAGACCAAAGAGCCCUCUAUUUAAUGCUCAAACGCUAACAUACCUGGCAGCACAACGACUCAAUCUCAGAAUUUGUUUUGUUUUUUCCAUCAAUAAGGCAGAUCAAUAAUUUGUCGGAGAUGUUAUGUUUUAUUAUUGAAAGUGAAAUACUCAUUUGUUUUAACUCGAAUAUACAGUUGAUGUUUUUAUUUAAAGCAAUGUAAGUGAUAUUAAGAUUUAAAUGAUUUAUCUGGGGUUGAUUCUGCCAUUGUUGUAAAUGAUAUUAACACUGUAUAGAUUUUAUUUUCUGUAUAAUAAGUACAGAUUUAUUGAUUUAUUAAUGAUGUCUUCCUUUUUUGGCACAAUUGAGUAAUCGCACAUCAACAGCACAAAUCCAAAUAUGGUUCAAUUUUUCUGUAUUUAUUUUUGUUUUGUAACUCAUUGUUAGAUAGCAUUGUAUACUACCAAUCAAUGGCUUUUUAAGCCUAAAUUGUAGAAAACAUAAUACUGCUACAUUGUGUUUUGUGUAUUCCAGCAUUAUAAAUUAAAGAUUAUAUAAGAAUUG